AUGGAAAAUUAUCAACAAAAAAUCGAUGACCUUUUAAGAAAAGCUAAAUCUCAAGGCGCUGCGAGAGCUGCGAGAGCCAAUAAACCUUUUAUUACUAAUAUUGUAGUUGCAGAAAAAACUAGGGAGGAUCUAAAAUCUUUAAAAGAUAUUUGGAGGGGUAUGGACGCUACGGACUCCAGGAAUACCACGCCAACAAUUGGGUUUCGCAAGACAGGAAAGUCAACUAAAGGUAAAAAACCAACAAAAUCGAGUACUCGUAAUAAGAAGAAUCGAACAAAUUGGCAGCCAUAUCAUCACUCCAACAUGGAAAACGUCCCGGUUCGGUCACCAACUUUUUCGGAAAGUUCCAGUAUGAGUACCGAUGAAGACGGGGACGUAUUGAUGUUGUCAGCUGCAUCCACUCCAACAGAAAUAACUCCUACAAACAGAAAAUUUCUAAACAAUUACUUUCCAAAGGGCAAACGCAAACCAAGAUCAGCCGAAUUUAUUAUCGGUGAUAAGUUGAAUGAUGCAUCACCUGAUACUUUGCGAAUUUUUAAUGCAAUUCAAUCCAAUGAUUCCAAUGGAGAGCUCGACUUGGAUAAAGAAUACAAGUUGGAUAACCCCUUCCUAAUUACUAAGUCAAAUUAG